CAUUGGCAUGCUCAUCAACCUCAACGAGUUCUUCUCGGGGGUCCAGUGCUACCUGGCAACUCUCGUCUUCGUCGUUUACAGGCGCCCCUUGGAGGAGGCCAUGCGUCUAUUGGAAGAGCUUACCGAAGAAGUGACGACAGAACUGGAGGCGGUGGCCAGCCAAGAGUUCUCCCGAAGAAGGAAGAAGGGCAAGUGGGCCUACUACAUGUUCUUCGGCUCGUUCGUGAUGGUCUGCCACUGGGCCAUCCGCCCGCUCCUCAGCAUGGCCAUCUACGGCGAGAGCUCCCUCAUAGUCCACUCCUGGGUGCCCUUCGCCAGGGACAGCCUCAUCGGCUUCUUCGGCAACUACAUGUUCCAAAUCGUUCCUUGCCUGUCUUUCUGCUUGGGUUUCUGCCUCUUCGCCUCAAUCUUCGUGUUCCUCUCCGAGAUGCUCUUGGGACACUUCGCUAUGCUAGGAAAGAAACUAAGUUUGAUGGAGUACGGAAAAGGACCAUUAGAAUCCAAGCUGUCUAACUGUAUCGAUCAUCACACCAGGCUGCUCAAGAUUUGUUCAAUGUUCCAAGACAUUACAUCGAUACCAUUACUAACUCAGUGCAUCUUCACUGUCUUAGCGCUGUGCAUGGCCAUGUUUGAACUAUCUGAUGUAGAAGGAGCCAGCUCCGGGAGGAUAAUCAGUGUUUUAGCAGAAGCUCAACAGGAGUUGUUGUUUCUGGCCACUUAUUGUUGGUAUGGAAACGAAAUUACAAUACAGUGCCUGGAGCUGAUGCGGGCGGGCUACAUGAGCAACUGGUACCAGGGGACCACCAGGGAGAAGAGGAUGCUCCUCAACAUCAUGACCAGGACAGUGAGGCCCAUCUACCUCGGCGGCUUCAUCAAGAUGGACAUGAUCACCUUCAUCAAUGUCCUCAAAGCUGCAUUUUCGUAUUAUAGCUUCCUGGCAGUGGUGGCUGCGGUAAAUGCAGGAGGAUGAAAAGUAAUCUAAGUCUUACCGGAUGGAGAUUCUGCUUUUACUAGUUUAAUAAGUUCUCUUAUAGUUUGUAGUCUUAAGCCAUGCUACUCUAUUUAUUAUAAAUAUCCAAUUUUCAGAAGAAAGUUUAAUUUGCACGGAAUAAUCCUGUUGUAUAUUUAAUCAAUAUUAGUUCACAUUAUUUCCAAAUUAAAGUUCUUUUAUUUGUUUUUGUUUUUAAAAGAAUUAAAGUAUUUUACGACUGCUUUUAUCUCAAGAAGAUAUAUAUUAAAAAAAUGUAAUGUAUUUAUGUAUUUACAACGUAUCUCUACCAUUGUUACAUUCAGAUUUGAGAAUAUCAAUUUGCAAUAAAUAAAAAUAAUAAAAAAGUAAAAUAUAAUAGAAAAAA